AUGGCUUGGGAUCUAACUUUAGACUUUGAAUACGUUGUAACAAAAAAGCUUCCUCCUCGUAUGUGUUUUGGAACCACAUUAGACCGAGAAGUUUUGCCAACGAAAGGGCCGAAUUUAAGUCCAUUCAUGAGAAGGAACGCGGGAGAAAUUAGACCCAAUUUAGGCCCUGGAACGUAUGAAAAUGAUAGAGAUGCUUUCUACGAUCUAAAUCGUCGGAUAUAUAGCAAAUUGUAUUAUGGACCAAAAGAACCGCGUUGGAAAGUCAAACAUGAAUACCAACCACCACCAAAGGAACCGCCACCCGAAAAGCAAAUUCCUAAAAAUUGUGCACCCUUUAAUUCCACUUCCAAAAGAAAAGGAUUAUUCUCGGCUAAUGACUACCCGGCAGCCUGCGAUUACUACCCAAUAUAUAAAAAGAAAGAAAUGCCAUUCUCAUAUAGUUUUAGCGGUAAAAAGGUUUUGAAAUGUGCAGUUGAGAUAAAAUGCGUUCCAUAUAAUUUGGAUGCGUGUGCAGUGUGCGGUUGUUCUUGUUCUGCCCACGGAGAUUAUUGGCAAUUUGAAAAUAGGAUAUUUCUGUGCAGAAAACACUAUGCACGAUUGUUCAAACACUGUCUCUCUACAUUUCAAGGAGCCAAGCUCGCUCAAUUUAAGUCUGUUAGAGAUUGUUUUUUCGCGCAUGCUCAUAACAGUUGCAAAGCAGCUUUGAAAAUAAUGAGAGUUGAGGAAAUUGAGAAGAAAUUGCGAAAGGAGGCCUAUUUAGAUUUAUAUUUUCCACAACGUCGUUUCUGUAACAAUUAA